AUGAAACGGAUGCAAUACGAAGUGCAUUUGUACUAUCGUACACUUCUCGCGGAUACCUUCGGGACGGUGAUAAAAAUCUCACAAUGGUGCUUUACCGCUCCGUAUCCGUUGUAUCCUUAUCAGCAGGUCACCCCAGAUUCUCGGCACCGAUUCUACGUGCUUCGUUUUCUUCAGAAGUUUCUCGCUGUGUUGAUCUUUGGAACCAUAACGGCCAUUCCGGUGCUGAUAUACUUCUUGCACGACAAGGCUGUCUACGUCUACUCUGUGCCGAUGUCGAUCAAGAUCAUGUACUACAUUCAGACACUCCUGCAUAUAGUAGGCGCAUGGUACGUGGUGUACUUGUAUCAGUUUCGGACCACCUUCCAUCGGUUCUACUUUCACCGCUUCCACCGUGUGCUGGAGCAGUUUGGACGGCGUGAUAUCGACGUCGGAUUGCGUCAGGUCAAAAGAGCCGUCCGAAUAAUUAUGAUACUAACCCCAGUAGAAAUCGCUAUGGUUGCCCUGUUGUUCAUCUUGUAUGUCAAAACUUGGGGACAAUUGCCCAAACUCGUGUCGUGGGGAUCGAACCUGAUAUUAAGAACGACGAUUAACCUGCAGUAUAUGACCAUAAUGGGUACGGUGGCGAUCCUUCUCCGACAGAUGAACGACACGCUGGAAUCGUUUGUAACCCAUGUAACCCAUGCGUCCGAUGUUCAAAAAACUCCGAAUAUUCAACUAAUUCAACCGACACGUUUAACGAUAGACGAUCAACUUACGAUCGAGAAGAUUCGCCUCCUUCAACUGGAGCUGAUGAAAGUGGUGGCGAAAAUAAACGCGGGUGAAUUCGGGACAAUACUGUGCAUAUAUAUUAUCGCCAUUUUCGUGUACAUCAAUAUCGUGCUGCUGCAGGUCUACCAGGGAAAACUACAAAACGCGAUGCCAUUCGAUAUGUUUUGUAUACGGCUGAUAAGCUGUGCUUUAACAUGUGUGGGCUUGGUUGUGAUUGCCUACUCGAACCGGUUGGUCCAAAAACAGAACCUUCGAGUUGGCACCAUCCUGCAUCAGCUCAACAAAGUGGACAAUGGAUUGACCUGUUUCAACAUUAUAAAUCGAUUUAUAACGCAAACGCCUUUGUUCUACGACGUCCACGAAGCUCGCAAAAUGAUACCCAUCGAUAUGUCGCUGAUCUUCAAGAUUGUUGGCGGCAUAACAAGCAUCUUUGUAGUGUUGGUACAGUUUGCUGACUCGUACAAACCCCACAUUUCAUCCGAAAACGACGUAACAACAUUUCGUCCGUAAACGAUGUUCGCUAGAAAAGCUUAGAAGAUAAUCUUACACUGUUGCUAAUGCGAAAUCGACACAAACUAGUCAACUCACGCAAUUUACUCUAGUUUUCAGCAUACCACAAGCAAUGGUAGCCGCCGGAAAACAACGAAAUAUUUACUCAGAAAGAUUCUGCACAGUUGUGUUUCUCGCGAGUGUUGACUUUACACUGUAAAAUGUAUCUUACGAAGUGAAACGUGCUUGAGGCUAUGGCGCACU